UCAUUAUAAAACCCUUUCAGACAUAAUUGUCCAUAGAGUUACAAAAUAUUAAAAAAUAUAUAACAUCGUUAUACUCAUUAUACUUCUUAAAAUUAAUGGUUAAUUGAUUAGUGCACUGGUUAAGUUGGCACUUAAUUAUAAUUAAUUACAAUAAUUUGCUGACCUGUUUUAAAUACCUACACCUGCGAUGGCUACUGCAAAAAAUUCCAGACUUUUGGAGGAAAAUAGUAUAACCAAAUUAUUAGGAGCGGGUAGUUUCGGAGCUGUGCUACAAGUUGUGAAUCGUCUCGAUAAAAGUACUUACGCGAUUAAGGUGACCCUCGCUAGUGACGGGGACGCUGAGAGGGAAGUUCAAAACCUGGUUAAGGUGCCAUACCACAAAAACCUCGUUCGCUACCACACCUGUUGGAAGGAUUCGUUAAGUGCCGCUGCACUCAAAGCGGUGCAUGCAAAGAUUGGACAAAACUCGUCGGGUGUUCAAUUUACUGUCCCCCCAGGAAAAAGCGCCCUGGAUAUAAUCUGCAUUCAGAUGGAACUAUGUGGUCGCGAUCUACGCAGCUGUCUUGCCUCAAGCCGGCUUCCAGACGAUCAAAAAGCUAUGAAUACCUUCAUCCAACUUGUCAAAGGGGUCGAACACAUCCACAAAUACGGAAUAAUCCAUCGAGACCUAAAACCCGAAAAUAUUUUUACAUCAUUCUCCGACCCAAAAAUCAUUAAAAUUGGCGACCUUGGAAUCGCAACGUCCCAUUCCACCUCAUUUUCCCUGACCCACACACAAGCCACGGGAACCCGGUUGUACUUCGCGCCCGAACAGGAAGGCCAACGAUACGGAAAAAGCGUCGAUAUUUACGCCCUUGGCAUCAUCUUCCUCGAGCUGUUACACCCCUCCGCGCAACCUUCGCAUAACAAUGGCUCCUUCGACAAAUUGAUAAACCUCGUGAUGGAAUUAAAAUUUAAGAGACAACUUCCAUCACUAGUCGGCAGCAAAUGGCCUGUCGCAGCUGGAGUCAUAUUAAGUAUGACGGAAGUCGAUUCUGAUAGAAGAUCAACCCCUUCAGAAAUAUAUUCCGCAUUUCUAGAAGCGCCACCCGAUUCUAGCGCCAAACCUAAAUCAAGCGACAGUUCGAAUUCAUCCGUCCAAAGUUACACAGUUCAUUACGGCGUGAGCUGCAAGGGCUGCGGAAACCCGGACAUUCAUGGAGUGCGCUACAAAUGUAUCAUCUGUUCGGAUUAUAACCUUUGCCAAAGUUGCGAAGCGAGAACAGGGCUUCAUCCCGAGACGCAUAAUUUCGUCAAAAUUAAAACUUCUACUAGUACUUCGCCUCCAUCAACGUCAAAAGUUACAGAUGGGUUUUCAAAAAUUAGCCUGGGUGCGGAUAAGAAUGUUAAUAAAAAGAUCAGCGUCAACUUCCAAAAUUCAGCGACUGAUACACCGUAUCAUUCUAAUACGGCUGCAAGCUAUACCGGCACCGGAUGCUAUAAUUGUGGUGGGGAUCUUGUUGGACAGUUCACGAUCACUGGAAACAGAAAAUGGCACCACCAAUGCUUCGUCUGUUGUGUGUGCGGGACUCAGUUGCGCGAGCAAGGGCACUAUUGCAAGGAUGAAAAAUACUAUUGCCUGCUUGAUUACCUGGAUCGUUUCGCCAAAAGAUGCACUGGAUGCGGGAAAGUUUGCGAUAAACAGCACGCGACUGCAGAUGGGGUCGCCUGGCAUUAUGAAUGUUUUGUAUGCUGCAAAUGCGGAGUACAGUUGCCAACAUAUAGGAAGAAGGAUGGGAAAUAUUAUUGCGUGCCGCAUUACCAUGAAGCAUUCUCUCCUCGGUGUGCAGGAUGUGGGAAAGUUUGUGAUCAGCGGUACACCACCGUAAAAGGAGCAACCUGGCAUCACGAGUGUUUCGUAUGUUGUAAAUGCGGAGUACAAUUACGAACUCAUUACAAUAAGGAUGGGAAAUUUUACUGUGUUUCAGACUAUCAAAAAUAUUUCCAAUCUUAAUUUAACCUAAAAUUAACCUUAAAAAUUUACAUACUUGUGUUUUGAGUGUUGUAAAGCGUUCAGAAUUUUAUGGUAAAGUUGAAAAU